GCGCCACCGCCCCCUCGGCCGGGACCCGGAGCGGCGCGCCGGGAGUGGGGCGUGCGCUGGGCCAUGGCGAGCGCGGCGCGGGGGCUCGGGGCGAUGCCGCGGCUGCUGCCGCUCCUCUGUGCGCUGCUGCUGCCUUCGCUGCAGAGCCCGGCCCGCGCCCCCCACAUCAAGAAAGCGGAGGCGGCGGCGGCGGCGCCCGGCGAGGCGCUGCGGUACCUGCACUCGGCCGAGCUGGGCGAGGCGCUGCGGGCGCUGGCGGCCACGGCCCCCCCGGGCCUGGUGCGGCUCUUCAGCAUCGGGCAGUCGGUGGAGAAGAGGCCGCUGUGGGUGCUGCGCCUCACGGCCGGGCUGGGCCCCGAGCGCCCCGACGAGCCGCCCGGCGGCGCGGCCCUGCCCGGGCGGCCGCAGGUGAAGCUGGUGGGGAACAUGCACGGGGACGAGCCGCUGGCGCGGCCGCUGCUGCUGCGCCUGGCCUGGGAGCUGGUGCUGGGUUGGGCCGGCGGCGACGAGCGCAUCGUCCGCCUGCUCAACACCACCGACCUGUACCUGCUGCCCAGCCUCAACCCCGACGGCUUCGAGCGCGCCCAAGAAGGCGAUUGCGGCGGCGGCGGCGCCGAGGGCGGGCGGGAGAACAGCCGCGGCCGCGACCUCAACCGCAGCUUCCCCGACCAGUUCGGAGACGCUGAGCCCAACCUGGAGCCCGUGCCCGAGGUGAAGGCGCUCAUUGACUGGAUGCGCCGCAACAGGUUUCUGCUCUCUGGCAAUCUCCACGGUGGCUCUGUGGUGGCAAGCUACCCCUACGAUGACUCUCCCACGCACAGGCCCACAGGAGUCUACAGUAAAUCAGCUGAUGAUGAAGUCUUCAAAUAUUUGGCAAAAGCUUAUGCCUCACAUCACCCCAUCAUGAGAACUGGGAAACCCAACUGCCCUGGAGAGGAGGGAGAGACCUUCCCAGAUGGCAUCACAAAUGGUGCCCAGUGGUAUGAUGUAGAAGGUGGGAUGCAGGAUUACAACUACGUGUGGGCCAACUGCUUUGAGAUCACAUUGGAGCUGUCCUGCUGCAAAUACCCCCUGACUUCUGAGCUUCCAAAGGAGUGGGAGAACAACCGGGAAUCCCUCCUGGCUUUCAUUGAGAAGGUCCACAUUGGCGUGAAGGGCUUUGUGAGGGAUGCAGUCACAGGAGCUGGCCUGGACAAUGCCACCAUUGCUGUUGCUGGUAUCGCUCAUAACAUCACAGCAGGGAGAUUUGGUGAUUACCACCGGCUGCUGGUGCCUGGAACCUACAAUGUGACUGCUUUUGUGAUGGGUUACACACCAGUGACCAAAGAGAACAUCGAAGUGAAGGAGGGAGAUGCAACAGAAGUGAACUUCUCCUUGCAGCCGACUGUGAUGCCACCAGCUCCUAACGCCACACAGCUCCCGGCAGCGCCUGCCCCUGUCACUGCCAUCACCGCCACCCCUGUGCAGGCUGAGGCUCCGAGUCCAACCUCUCUCCAUGAGCCCAUCCAGCCCCUGGACUUCCGCCACCACCACUUCUCGGACAUGGAGAUCUUCCUGCGGCGCUACGCCAACGAGUACCCCAACAUCACCCGCCUCUACUCCGUGGGCAAGUCCGUGGAGCUGCGGGAGCUCUACGUCAUGGAGAUCUCUGACAACCCCGGCGUCCAUGAAGCAGGUGAGCCAGAGUUCAAGUACAUCGGUAACAUGCACGGGAAUGAAGUUGUGGGGCGAGAGCUUCUCCUGAACCUCAUCGAGUACCUCUGCAAGAACUUUGGCACAGAUCCUGAAGUGACUGACUUGGUCCAGAGCACACGGAUCCACAUCAUGCCAUCCAUGAACCCUGAUGGCUAUGAGAAGUCCCAGGAAGGAGACAAAGGAGGUACAGUUGGCAGAAACAACAGCAACAACUACGACCUGAACAGGAACUUUCCAGACCAGUUUGUCCACGUGACAGACCCUCCACAGCCAGAAACCCGUGCUGUCAUGGCCUGGCUCCAGUCUUACCCAUUUGUGCUCUCAGCAAACCUGCACGGAGGUUCCCUGGUGGUUAAUUACCCCUUCGAUGACGAUGAACAAGGAAUUGCCAUCUACAGUAAAUCCCCAGAUGAUGCUGUGUUCCAGCAGCUGGCACUUGCCUACUCCAAGGAAAAUGCAAAGAUGUACCAGGGAAGCCCUUGUAAGGAUAUGUACCCCACUGAGUACUUCCCACAUGGCAUCACUAACGGGGCUCAGUGGUACAACGUUCCAGGUGGGAUGCAAGACUGGAAUUACUUACAUACAAACUGCUUUGAAGUGACCAUUGAAUUGGGCUGUGUGAAAUACCCAAAAGCUGAGGAGCUGCCAAAGUACUGGGCCCAGAACCGACGCUCACUGCUGCAGUUCAUGAAACAGGUUCACCAGGGUGUCUGGGGCUUUGUGCUGGAUGCUGUGGACAACAGGGGCAUCCUCAACGCCACCAUCAGCGUGGCUGACAUCAACCACCCCGUGACCACCUACAAGGAUGGGGACUUCUGGCGCCUGCUGGUCCCAGGGAUGUACAGAAUCACAGCGUCGGCCCGAGGGUAUGACCCACUCACUAAGCUGGUGGAAGUUGACAGCAAAGGUGGGGUGCAGGUCAACUUCACUCUUUCACGGACAGACAGCAAAGUGGAAGAGGGGAAGGUGCUGGUCUUGAACACGCCAGACACCAGCAACCCCAACGAGAAGGAGUUUGAGACCCUGAUCAAAGAUCUCUCUGCUGAGAAGGGUCUGGAGCGGCUCCUGCUCACCUCCUCCAGGGAUGUGGCUCCCUACAGAUACCGGCCCUACAAGGACCUCUCCGAGUUCCUCCGGGGCCUCUACCUCAACUACCCACACAUCACAAAUCUCACCAGUCUGGGUCAGAGUGUGGAGUUCCGCCAGAUCUGGUCCCUUGAAAUCUCCAACAAGCCCAACGAGUCCGAGCCCGAGGAGCCCAAGAUCCGCUUUGUUGCUGGGAUUCAUGGAAACGCUCCCGUGGGGACAGAGCUGCUCCUGACACUGGCAGAAUUUCUUUGCAUGAACUACAAGAAGAAUGCUGCUGUUACAAAGCUGAUUGACCGGACACGGAUUGUGAUCGUGCCUUCCCUGAACCCAGACGGGCGCGAGAUCGCGCAGGAGAGAGGCUGCACCUCGAAGAUUGGCCAGACCAACGCCCAUGGCAGAGAUCUGGACACAGAUUUCACAGGCAAUUACACCCGGUACUCAGCGGCACGAGAGCCUGAGACCAAAGCCAUCAUGGAGAACUUGAUACUGAAGCAGGAUUUCAGCCUCUCUGUUGCUCUGGAUGGAGGCUCUCUGCUUGUCACUUACCCCUAUGACAAGCCAACACAGUCAGUGGAGAACAAAGAAACACUAAAGCAUUUGGCAUCUGUGUAUGCAAACAACCACCCAGUGAUGCAUUUGGGCCAGCCAGGCUGUCCAAAUAAGUCAGAUGAGAAUAUUCCUGGUGGAGUGAUCCGUGGCUCAGAAUGGCACAGUCACCUGGGAAGUAUGAAGGAUUUCAGCGUGACAUUUGGUCAUUGUCCUGAGAUCACUGUUUAUACCGGCUGCUGCUACUUCCCCAGUGCUGGACAGCUUCCUGGCCUGUGGGCAGACCACAGGAAAUCUCUCCUUAGCAUGCUUGUGGAGGUCCAUAAGGGAGUGCAUGGCAUUGUCCAAGACAAGAGUGGCAGGGCAAUUUCUAAAGCUACCAUUGUUCUGAAUGAAGGCUUGAGGGUCUACACUAAAGAAGGUGGCUAUUUCCACGUGCUCCUGGCUCCAGGUUUUCACAGCAUUGAUGCAAUAGCCAGCGGGUACCAGCAGAAACAUGUCAAGGUCUUUGUACGUGAUGAUGCACCCAGCUCUGUGUUCAUAGUAUUUGACACAGAAAACAGGAUUUUUGGACUGCCAAGAGAGCUGGUUAUAACUGUGGCAGGUGCCAGCAUGUCUGCCCUGGUGCUCACUGCCUGCAUCAUCUGGUGUGUGUGCUCCAUCAAGUCCAACAGACACAAGGACGGCUUCCACCGCCUCCGGCAGCACCACGACGACUACGAGGACGAAAUCCGCAUGAUGUCCACCGGCUCCAAGAAAUCCCUCCUGAGCCACGAGUUCCAGGAUGAAACAGACACUGAAGAGGAAACACUGUACUCCAGCAAACACUGACACCUCCAGGGCAGGAAAGGAGGUUCCCAUGGACCAGACCUGGUGGUGGAGGGCGAUCCCUGUGGGUCAGUUUUGAAAUGUUAGCUUCAGGAUGUGUCCUCCAGAGGGGUGGGUGGCAGCUCCCAGCUUCCCUCUGCUUGCUCUGUUCCUGUGUGCAGGCACUCAGUGGGUGUUGGAGGCUGUUUCUGAGGUGGGGACGUGGUUUGUUACAUUUUUGGGUCGAGAUCUGGAGGUUUGUAUGACGUGGUUUGAAAGGCAGCUUUAACAGGGUGGCCAGCAGAGCUGUUAGCAUUUCCCCAGCAUCUCAGCACAGGGAGCAGAUGGUGGGGAAGUGCCCCAAGACCUGCACGGGUCACAACACUCCAAAAAAGGUUUCUCUACCUGUUUUGAUUUCAUGUUUUCCACUACAUGCUUGGAGGAAGCCAGAUCCUUCACGUGACUCCACAUUCUGCAGAGCAGCCCUCAGAAAAAGCCAAAAAAAAAAAAAAAAAAAAGCAUUUGAUUCUCAGCUGUUCCCUUGGAGCUUUUCCUGCUGUGACCUGCAGUGGUUGUGGAGCACCUUUAACGUGUCACUACUUUUAGGGAGUGACUUGGCCUCCUGAAGGCUGGGGGAGAUGACAAAGCUCUUUAUGUGAGCUGGAGAAUGUCAGAGCUUCAGUGAGCUCUGACAGAGCUCCACUGCCUGCCAGCUCUGUCAUGCUGCUGUUCCUGACUUCUGGGGAGCAAAGAAACUCCAUCCCCAUCACCCUGAUUGUGUUUUGUUUGUGUCAUAGGCUUGGCUUUGGGGGUCUCAUGUUCAUGUUCCAGUAGCUCAGUGCCUGAAAGAGCAGCUGGAAGGUUGUUCUAAGCAAAUGGAUUCACUGAUCUGUAGAAAACCUGAUGAAUUUUGCUCAAAUCCACCACUAUUCAGGAGGAAACAGUGAAAUCUGACCACUGCUUUAUAUUUGAGCAUUAUUGGAGCAGCAGGGAGAGGUCAUGGGAGUAUCCAUGGCCCAACUUUGGUGCUAAAUUCUGAAGAAAACCUGCACCAUUUGCCACUGUUCAUGUAGUACCAUUGAAUCACUGAGCUCUGGUGAUGGCAGGCAGCAAAUUUCCCUCUGGUUUGGCUCUGUUCUGCUCCUGCUACAUCCCUGGAGUGUGGAGCAGGAGCUCCACCUGCGUGUGUGGCUGCAGCUGUGGUGCAGGGAGUGAGGAAAGGCCGAACUGUGCUGAGGGAGAAGGGAAAAGCAGCCAAAUUCUGUUGUGUAGCACUUAGCAGGAGGUUGGAAAGAGGAGCUGCAGCACACAGCCCCAAGACGUGGGAUUUGUGGGGAAUAGAAGGGAUGUCCAGAAGGAAAGAAUGGUUGGAAUGUUUGAUUUCCAAAGCCUUUAUGUAUCUCUGUUCCUGUGCUUUCUGCAGAAGCAGAAGGCUGGAGUUAGAAUAGGCACUUAUUUUCUUACUGCUCAUUUUCUUUUUAAAUUUUUGCCCCACUGACCUGAUUUCUGGGGUGCAGGAGCCUUAGGCCUGGAGUUUGCCUCGAGUGCUCUGUCCUCCAGAGGGAGGAUAUCCUCCUGGGGUUGUCCACUGGUGAAAUCUGCACUGGUGGAGGGAUUGCACCCAAAAAUCCAAUGAGGUCUGCUCUGCAGAGCUCUGACCUGGUCUCCUGGGGAGGAACAGCCCCACUGAAGUCUCAUGGGCAAUGUCAUGUGGGGCAGAAGCUGUUCUUCACCCCUACCUGUGGAAAUGCCCUUCCAGAACCACAUGGCCCCAGCUGUGCUGCCAUGGCCAUCAUCUCCUCUGGUUCUGUGCAGGGACACAGAGAACCCCUGGACACCAGUGCACCUCCCUCCCUGUUCCACAGGGAAUUCUGCUGUGGGAAACACAAGGUGUGCUGGGCAGAGGGAGAUGAGGCUGAGCAUUCCCCGUGCUCCUGUCCCACAUCUGUGGAAGAGCUGCUCUGACUGCCUUGUGCAGGAACCGUGAACAUCUCUGUGCCCGUUCCCAGCUCAUUGUGAUGAGCAGGGAAUGGGGUUUGCUCCCUUUUUGUCCCUUUUCCACGUGUAAUGGGCUGCAGGACAACCAGCACACAGUAGCAUUAAUCCUGCCUCAUCUCUGAGCUGUUCCUCCUUUAACAAGAGACACGGUAGGUUUUAUUUAAAGUCAAGUUUGCAAAUGGCUCUUAGGGCUGUGUUUGGGCUUUGUUUGCUCUGGCAGCAGGUAAUGGACAGAGCUGGCCCUGCUUUGUCCCUGUAGCAAUAAGUCCUGUUAGGAACUGGCCCUUUCGGAAUUAGCUGGGGCAGUAGGCGUGUAUAUUUAAGGUGAGUGGAUUUGAGAUGUUUUGCAAACGUGUGAGACUUUUCUACGCAGCAGGACCAAGGGAGGUGCCUGGCUCUGGCUCCAGAUCCGUGCUUGGAGCUUCGCAAGCGCUGGGGCUGUUCCUGGGCGCUUUGGGAAGGCAGGAGCGGCUCCCCGCGCCCUCGGUCCGUCCGUCUGUCCGUCCACCCGUGCCCCGGGCCGAGAGGAGCCGGUCCCCGCGGGCGCCGUCGCUGUGGCUCCGUGCACUUGUGCCUUCAAAUAAAUGUACAUUUUCAACGGGACUUGAAUCGCCGAUCCUGGCAGCGGGAGGGGAGGGGGCGGCGCGGGGCUGGGCCUGGCUCUGCCCUCAGCCGCCGCCGCCUGGUUUUUUUUACCUGUAUACCGAGAUCAAUAAUCUGUAUAAAACUAUUUUGAUGUCCA